AUGGAGAAACAGGCUCUGCCCGCCUCCUCCUGCUCCCUGGUUCUUCUUGAGGAGACCAAGAAGAACACCCUCCUCCGGACCAGCAGCACCGGUUUCUCGCUGGCGCCUUCUACCGGCGGAAUCCUGGCAGGACACGAGAAGGGAGGGGGUGUGGCCAACGGGGCGGGGCCAGGAUACCAGGAACGGGAAACGUGGACCCGGCAGAUGGACUUCAUCAUGUCCUGCGUGGGGUUUGCCGUGGGACUCGGGAACGUGUGGCGGUUCCCCUACCUGUGCUACAAGAAUGGAGGAGGUGUCUUCCUGAUCCCAUACCUGCUCAUCGUCUUCAUCGGAGGAAUCCCCAUCUUCUUCCUGGAGAUCGCUCUGGGUCAGUUCAUGAAGGCCGGCAGCAUCAACGUGUGGAACAUCGCUCCACUCUUUAAAGGUCUGGGCUACGCCUCCAUGGUGAUCGUGUUCUUCUGCAACACCUACUACAUCAUGGUUCUGGCCUGGGGGUUCUACUACCUGAUCAAGUCCUUCAGCGCCACGCUGCCGUGGUCCAACUGCGACAACGAGUGGAACACGCCCAGCUGCCUGGAGAACUUCCACCACCAGGACUGCCAGAACGGCAGCCUGGCCAACGCCACGGUGGGCGGCGGCAACAUGACCUGCGCCGACUUGGCCGACGCCCGCUCGCCCAUCAUCGAGUUCUGGGAGAACAAAGUUCUGAACAUCUCGUCGGGUCUGGAGCAGCCGGGUCAGAUCAACUGGGAGCUCCUGCUGUGUCUGAUGGCCGUCUGGGUCCUGGUUUAUUUCUGUGUCUGGAAGGGAGUCAAGUCCACCGGAAAG